GGGUGAAGUCGUGUGGCAGCUCGGCUCACUGAGAGGUCACCAGGGUUGCGGAAGGAAAGAGCCGUGCAGCCGUCAGGAUGUGGUACGAGAUCUUGCCUAGCUUGGGCCUCAUGUACAUGUGCUUGGUCAUCCCUGGCGUGAGGACCGCCUACAUCCACAGAUACACCAACAGGGGCAAGGAGAAGAGAAUUGCUUGGAACACCUAUCAGUGGUAGCUGUUGGAGUGAGACAAGCGUGUGUCUGGAGUAAAUCAGUACUAUGACUCCAAGGGUUUGGAGAACAUUCACAUUAAGUGUCUCCACCCCCAUCGAAGAGGGGAGAUUGUUAUCAGGACUGCAGGAGUGUGGGGAGGGGAGCUUGAAACCUUUGCUUACCCAACGUGA